AUGGGGUGCAUGCUACGAAGCGAUCCUAUGUCAUUUUGUGAAAUAUUUCUGCAACCAGAAACUGCAUUCGAAAUUCUGUCCAGGAUGGGAGAAACUGGGAAUGUACAGUUUUUGGAUAUGACUCCCGACGUGAAACCGUUUAAUCGAUCUUAUAUAAUGGAGCUGUGUAGAUGCGUUGAGAUGGAACGAAAACUGCUCUAUAUGGAAAGCGAAAUGCUCAAAGAUGAGAUAAACAUACCGGAUAUAGAAAAAGAGCCUAAAGCUCUACCUCUCAAUGAAAUGAAGUCGCUGGAGAAUUUACUCGAAAAAUGGGAAAGUGAGGUGCAAGAUAUGUCCGAUAAUCAAGUCAGCCUUAUGAAGAACUAUAUGGAGUUGACAGAAAUGUACUACGUUUUAAGUCAUAUCGGAAACUUAUUGGGCGAUGCGGAAUUGACAACGGAAUCUUUGUUUGGAAAAGCGGCAGCCGGCGACGCGGUACUCUCCGGUCGAUUGACCGUGAUGUGUGGGGUCGUGCGGAGAAGCAGAUGUUUUCCUUUCGAAAUCAUGCUCUGGAGAGUCUCACGCGGUAACAUAUAUUACCGUCAAGCGCCCGAGGACGCUAUCCUGCACGAUCCGCAAACUGGACAAGAGAUUCGUAAAGUCGCGUUCUUGGCUAUAUUUCAAGGGGAAGCUUUGAAUGCGAGGAUGGAGAAGGUCUGCAGCGGGUUCAGGGUUAAUAUCUACCCAUGUCCCGAAACACUGGACGAAAGAAUGGAUAUGUUACAUAAGCUAGAUAUUAGGAUUGGAGACUUAGAGAAGGUAAUCAAAAAAACCAAAUACCACAGAUGCAAAGCCCUGCGUACGGUUGCCAAACAAUGGCAGGCGUGGUUGUGCCAAAUAAAAAAAUCUAAAGCGAUCUAUCACACGAUGAAUAUGUUUUCCCUCGAUAUAACUAGAAAGUGUCUCAUCGGUCAAUGUUGGGUUCCUGAUAUGGAUCUGCCUGGCAUUCGUGAGAUGUUGGAGACGUGCUCGGAGGAAAUGGAGAGUAAUGUAUCGUCGUUCAUAUCCGUAACUGAGACACAAGAAGAGCCACCAACAUAUCAUCGCACUAAUAAGUUUACUAAAGGUUUUCAAGCGUUAAUCAAUGCAUAUGGUGAUUCAACGUAUGGUGAACUUAAUCCAGGUCUAUACACAGUUAUAACAUUUCCCUUUCUGUUCUCUGUGAUGUUUGGCGAUGUGUGCCAUGGGGUGAUAUUGUUGUCGUUCGCCGGUUGGAUGGUGUCAGUGGAGAAAAAGCAUAUGGGGCGGCCGUCCUCGAACGAAAUAUGGAAUAUAUUCUUUGGCGGACGUUAUGUUAUCCUAAUGAUGGGCUUGUUUACACUUUUCACCGGAUUCCUGUACAACGUAUAUUUUUCUAAAUCCAUCACCUUAAUGACGCCGUAUUGGAAGAACACCUUUAGCAAAGAGGAUAUCGAGCAGAGUCAAUAUUUAACGUUGAACCCGGUGUUUGAAACCAACCAUCCAUAUGUCUUUGGCGUGGAUCCCCUAUGGGCGUUGGCGAAAAAUAAAAUCAUGUACUUGAAUUCAUUGAAGAUGAAGCUCUCUAUAAUUAUCGGAAUUGUUCAUAUGAUAUUUGGAUUAUCUUUAAGUCUUUUCAAUCACCUCUACUUUAAACGCCACUACGCUAUCUAUUUGCAAUUUAUACCUCAAAUGAUGUUUUUAUGUGGUCUCUUCUUUUGGUUGGUUAUAUUAAUGUAUAUGAAGUGGUAUAUGUUCAGUGGAAAAUCAACUGACAUAAAGACAGGUGCGGGUUGUGCUCCAUUGAUUUUGAUUCUGUUCAUUGACAUGGUAUUAAUAUCCACCUCGAAGCCAGUUGAAGAAGAAUGUGAUGCUUACAUGUUCGAAGGUCAAGAGGGCUUUCAGAGAAUGCUCGUUAUUAUAUCCUUGCUUUGCGUUCCUAUUAUACUGUUUGGUUCCCCAGUAUAUUUGAAUAACAUUAAUAAGAAGAAGAGGGAAGAGGCUAUGAAAAAAAUCAGCCAGUUUCGCAGAUACCAAAGGCGAGACUCGGAUAAAAAAGAGGAGGCGUUAAUUCUAGCUGAACUUGCUAAAUAUUCGCACUCUUUCGGCGAACUUAUGAUACAUCAAGCCGUUCAUACUAUUGAGUUUGUUCUUAGUACUAUUUCUCAUACGGCUUCAUACCUCAGGUUGUGGGCGUUGUCUUUGGCUCAUGAACAGUUAUCAGAAAUGUUAUGGAUAAUGAUUUUAGCGAAAUUGGCACUACGAGAUACGUCAGUCAGUGGUGGGAUAAAGCUUUUCUUCAUAUUUGCCAUCUGGGCGGUAUUUACGUUAUCUAUACUGGUAGUUAUGGAAGGGCUGUCGGCUUUCUUACACACUCUUCGAUUGCAUUGGGUCGAGUUUAUGAGUAAAUUCUAUACUGGAAGCGGAUAUCCUUUUAAACCGUUCUCAUUUAGAGCUUUGCUCUACGGGGACAGCAAAGAUGACAAGCCUGAUGCAAUUUGCAAGAAAAGGGUCAAAAGUGAACGUUAACUCGAGAUCCUUCGAUGCAUAGAUAUUUAUCUCUUAAUUAUUUUUUAAGUUAUUAAACCUCUUUAGAGUUCUCAAUUUGUUUAUGAUAGUUGUAACGAUAAUACUGUCGGUGUUAUUUAAUUUUGGUUCUAAUUGUUGAACUGAUUUGAAAAAGGGAGGAGGAUAUCAAUUAGACUACAUUUUAUCUGUUCGUUUGUGCCUCCGUAACUUUUUACUGGGUAAUAAGCUACGGAGGUGCGUUUUUUUUUAUUUGAAAACUGGUGGGGUAUUUUUUUUAAAGCUGGUCCCUCCCAUGUAGUCUCAUUUAAAUUUGGUUUAAUUCUGACAAUUUUAAGUUGCGUUUAAGGAUUUUUUUUAAUAAUUAUGUUGUUAUUUCAUAUCUGUAAGUUCAACUUAAACAGUAAGGC